UGGCGCUCUUUUGAUUACUAAAUCAAUUUCGCAUAUUUGAUAUUAUUUGGGUUUUUCUUUACUCUUCCCUCUCGUUGUCCUGUUCUAGAGGAAAAGAAUGGAAAAGCAUAGAACUACCUCCCCAAUUCAAGUGAGUGCAAAGCCGAUCCUUCAACAAAAGGUUGGAGUGAUUCCUCAUUCCUCUGGUUCAGGAGCUUUGCCAAGUGUGAGCAAUGGUAGCAACUACAAAGUACGAGUACCGAGGCACCUGGCAAAGAAAUAUUCAGUCAUGCGUUUUCAGAGUACAAAAGUAGACUUCUCAUCAAUCACAAAGGCUCAGAUGUCUCGUCAAACAGAUGCAAUUGAAGAGAGAGAAAGUGAAAAUCUGCCAACUUUUGGAGCUGGUAGUGAAUUUGGCAGAGAAAGACGUGAAGAAGCACGCAAGAAACGUUUUGGUUUCGUCCCAAAACCCAAGAACCCUGAAGCAGCGCCAUGGAAUUUGAGGCUUGGGGGCAAAAGUGGGAGAAGGUUUACUGGUCGAAAGGAAGCAGGGAUUAAUGAGAAUUCAUCAUAUUACAUAUUGACUCAGUGUGAAGAUGGUGCAUUUGAGGCUGUGCCAGUGAACAACUGGUAUAAUUUUACUGCUGACAUAAAAUAUCAGACUCUAACAGCAGAUGAAGCUGAGGAAGAGUUUGGACGCAGAGAAAAGACAGUCAAUUAUUUUUCAUUGAUGGUAAAAAAAAGACUGAUGGACAACAAAGAAGACUCAGAAGAAGGUGAUGAGAUUAAAAUGGACAAAACUGCAAAAAUAGCCAGUAGGACAGGAAAUCUGAUCAUUCAUGAUGAUGAAAGAGAUUUAUCUUUGUCAGAAGAAGAGGAUGAUGGUGAUGAUGAUGAAGAGGAAGGUCAGAGAAAAAACAAAAACAAGGAAGAUAAACAAGACAAGAAAGUCAAACAUAAAAGUGGACAGAAGCAGCAAAAGAAAAUGAAAAAGGGUUCAGAUGCUGACAGUGAUGCGUCUUCUGAGGAAGAUGGAUACCUAGAUUCUAAAGAGGUUGACUAUCUGUCUGAUAGUUCUUCUUCUUCUGAGGAAGCAGUUAAGAAUAUUGAAGUGACUAAACCCAAAGCUGAAGAUGACCUAAAUGCAGAGGAGACAUCUAGUGACGAGGAAGAUGAUUUGACACAAGAAGGACAUGAACUGAAAGACAUGUUGGAUCGAGAGGAAGGAAGAGAGUCUUGGGAUGAAGAAGAAGAAGAUCCUGACCAGGAUGAAAUCAAAGGCACUUCUGCUCUCUUUUUACAAGGUGAUAAGAAAAGAAAGAAGAAGUCUGGCAGUGGUUCCAGUACAUCAUCCAACAGUCGAUCAUCCACCCCCACUACUGCUGUGGACGGUGCCGCCAACACCAUUGCUGAUGCUGUUAGUAAGCUUAGUCAGGACAGACCAGGAACGCCUUCAAAAUCCAGAAAGCGCCCUGCAAGCUCAGCCAAAAAAGGCGCCACCGGUGAGGAGGGAAAUCCGGCGUCCAAAAAGCCUCGUGUAUCCCCACCACCUUCAGCGGGCACGGGAAGUGGCUCAAGAACAAGUACCCCAACACCGACCGGUAGUGAGGAUGGCCCUCAGGGGAUCACUGAGGAUGCCGUAAGGAGGUACCUUACACGAAAACCCAUGACGAGCAAGGACUUACUGCAGAAGUUUAAAACAAAGAGAACAGGGUUAUCUAAUGACGAAACUGUUAAGAAGAUUGCAGCUAUCGUGAAGAAGUUACAUCCAGACCAAAAAACCAUUAAAGGAAUACUCUACCUGUCACUUAAACCAUUAAGUUAGGUAUAAAUUGCAAAACUUGACAAAGUAAUGGCGCCUGUGUAACAUAAUGUGAAGUAACUAUUAGUCUGGCACAAAUAACACACUCUUUGUCGUCAAAAAAAAAUUGAAGUAAAGAAAAGGAAUAUAAGAAGUCUGACUUACGGAUUUUCUCAGGGCGGUCACAGGUAGUAGACCAUUUUAAGAGUGGAUAUGCCACUUUCCGACUUUGUCGCUAAAUUUAUUAAUAUUUCAGCUGUAUUAUGCAUUUAUGGGAUUAAUUUAGCUUCUAGAAUAGGCGCUAUUGAUUUCGUUUUCACGGUUAGGCGGGGACAAAAUGUAAGGCGAGAUGUGUGCGAACCACGUGCGAAACACGCGCGCCUUGCCUCGACUGACUUAUGGAAGUAAUAUCGCCUGUUCUACAUCUUAUGAUGGACUGUUCCAGCUUAACUGGUCUGAUUAUUAACCGAAUUCUGACUGAUGAAAAGCGCCUCCAGAGUAGGUAGCUUCUUUUCUUUUAAAAUCGUUGAUUACCCCAACAUCGGUAUGUCUACUCCAAACUGCCCUCCGUACAUUUCGCAAGGUGCUGACAAGGAGAAUUUG